GAAGAAGAAGAAGAAGAAGAAGAAGAAGAAGAAGAAGAAGAAGAAGAAGAAGAAGAACAGAUUGAGUGUGCUGGGUUUUGACUAGAUUUCCUCAUCAUGAUGAAGCUGAUCCUGUCUCUCACUCUCAUCUGGACUCUCUCCAGCACAGCUGAAGCUGUUGAGUGUUGGCUCGGUGAAGGAGUCGAUACAAGCAGAAACUUCUUAUUCCCAUGUGACAAUUCUCAGCUGUGUGCAACUAUUGGGCUGCAAGAAAAUGUGACCGGGACUCUCGAGCAGACCACCAUCAGGUUGUGUUUGCCGACCGCCCUUUUCAGUGAGGGGAAGUUCACCUAUUCUUACAAUAUUGGUGUGUCAAAAGUGGCUGCUACUCUCCACCUCUGCAACACAGACCAAUGCAAUGGUCAACCCAUAGCUUACCCUGGUGCUAUGCCAACAAACAACCUGCAGUGUUUCACCUGUGAUGAUCGAUCCUCUACUGCGUGUAACAGUAGAGUACAGUGUGCUGGAACAGAGGACCGCUGCGUUAGUGGAACUGCGGAAGAUAACGAGGGCUCGUUUCCUGUCUUUGGAUGUGCUACUGCAAAACUGUGUGACAUUGCUGCACGCUUGGAUCUCCUGCCCAUUCCUGUUCCUAUUGACUUUCCUCGUCCACCAAAUUGUUGUGGAAGCAACUUAUGUAACAGGUCUAGUCCAUCAAACUGGAUGUGAUCCCUUUUCUGGUUGGUCUCAUUAACCUUAUCAUCUAAUAGAACAAAAGGAAACUAAAAAAAUAGCAAAAGUAGCUGUGUAAUGUGUGUAAGUAGACCAAAUACAUUGAUCAUCUUUUCAUUGAUUUACACAGUGAGAUUCAUUAAACAUUUUGAAUGUUUUAGUUUGGUAAAUUAUUAUUUUAAUCAUAACUGAAGCAUCCCGUCCCACAAAAUGACCGAGAAACCAGUAAAUCUUGAACUUUAAACUAUUUUGAUUGAAAUUUUGAUAUAUUUGGAUUUAUGUGGACUACAUUUUUGCACAAAUUACCUCAAACACAACCUCUGUUGUACAUGUUUAUUUCAUUCUUUCUUUCCUGAAAAGAAGAUGCAACUUCAGGAAAAGAGAAAUAAAGAACUUACUGCAUCAACAGGUGCA